AUGGAACGAUUCCAGAAAUAUUUGGAUCGCCGCAAGUUAGAGCUGGAAUCGGAGUUUAAAUCUUCACGUGCCAUGUACGAAAGUGCGAGCGACACAUUGAUUGGUUAUUUUCACGUGAGUGGCGCAGACCGUCUACGAGGUGGGGACUACACCAGAUGGAAUGCGCGAUUACUUUUCCUCGUUGCCGAUUUGACUUUGUACAUUGUGGUUAACUGUUGGUGCUUGACUGUGUUUUGGGGACAACUGAUGGAUGUCGUUUUCUGUUUAGUCACGAUGGGGAUCGCUAUCCAGGGAUUUGCAAAGAUCGCUAGUUCCACCGACGAUCGAUUGUACGAGCUUCACAUCUACAAUGUGGAACGAUUCGAUAAAGUGAGAGACUAUUCGGAAGCUCGGGAGUCCUUGCAAAGAACGGCCGUGCUAAGCAAAGUAUUUUUGAAGCUGUUUAGCUAUCUGUUCUUAAUGCUGACAACGUUCAUCCCGGUUUACACCGUUGCUUACUCCAUCAGCUCCAGGUCUCUACAAUUGCCAUUUGGAUUUUUCUUUCCAUGGAUCGAUCAUAAACAGUUGUUCGGAUAUCUUAUCAAUUUGUCGUACCAUUUUUUGCAAAUCUAUGAAGCUAGUUAUGGCCUUUUGGCAACGGAUGGCUGCUUUCUCUUUUUGAUCUUGCAUGCCGUGGGACAGCUGGAUAUAAUCAUUAUUUACUUGAAGAAACUCGACGAGUUAGCCCUGCAAUAUGAAAAAUUUAAAGACGACGAGGAAAUCUACCGACUGUUGAAUGAAAUUACUGAAAAGCAUCAGGAGCAUAUGGAGUAUAUGUCGAAAAUGGAUUCAUUGAUGAAACCAGGAUUUUUCGUCAAUUUUGGUUGUAUGAUAGUGGAAACGGUUGCCUCUCUCUACGUACAAGCUACCAUCAGCGGCAUCUGGUAUCCUGGUUUAAUAGUUGUGCUACUUUGUAUUGUUCAAUUAUUCAUUGCCUGUGCACUGGGAACAAUCUACUCAACAAAGAAUGAUCAACUGAUUGACGAAAUCUACAAUAUAUCAUGGUACGCACUACCAAUUCCUGUUCAGAAAUCUCUAGCGCUAAUUCUGAAUUCUUCGCAACAUCCAGUGGUACUUUCCGAUGGUUUCGAUUCGAUUGAUUUGUUUGCUUUCGUUCAGAUUUACAAGAAAAUUUACUCCUACUUCACCAUGCUGCAAAGCUUCAAUUAG